AUGGCAGCAGAAGUUGGUACUCCCUCUUUUAGCCAAUUGCAAUCAGUUCAAAAAGCAAUGGCUUUACCAUCAGUAGAAGCUGCAGUCGGACAAGUUGGGGCUCUAUACAGCAAAGUAAAAGGAGCACACUCUCUCCUUGAAUGGGCACUGUCAACAGCAGAAGCCAGUGUCACACUAGCAGCACAUACUGCUGCACCAUUUGUUGCUGCACCCCUUGCAAUAGGGGAUGCAAAGGUUGCUGCGGCACUUGGUGAAUUGGAGAGAAGAAUCCCGAUAGUAACUGAGCAACCUAAAGUUAUUGUGGAGACCACCAAACAGGCUGUGCUUUCAAAAAUUUCCCCACAGUUAAAUAGGGUUUAUGGCGCCCGCGUAGCUGCAGAACAGAAAGUGAAGUCACUCAAGGAACUCAGCUGGGUCAAAGCAAACUCCUUGCUGUCCACGGCCUAUGGCCAGAAGGCUAUGCAGGGGGUUGACUGUGGAGCCGUGUAUGCUAUGAGACUUCUUGACCACUACCUGCCGCCCGUUCAGGGUGAAGCUCCAGUGAGCACAGAGAUAGUACCAGCAGAUACAGAUCCCACAAUGCACACCGUACAGACUGUGGGUCGUCUCAGCGCCGUGGCUGCGAGACGUGUUUGGGCCAACCUUGCCGUCAAAGUCACUGAGCUAAGGAGCUCAGGCAUUGAACUAGACGUGCGCCGCUACAUCACGGCACUAUUAGCCGCGCUUCAUCUCGCAAAGGUCACAAAUGAUGAACAACAGAAAGACCAAGCUAUAGAAGAAAGAAAAGAACAAAAGUCAGCUGAACCUACCCCCGAAAAUACCCCAACUAAAAAUGAAACACCCACUUCCCCUCCAACCAUUGAUAUUGUCAAAGCAUCACCCGAAGCAAAGUCUGAGGGUGACCAGUGA